GCCACGGCCCGACGCCUCCAACCUCCUCUAGCGGCGGCGGAGCGCAUGGCCGGCGGCGAAGAGCCGGACACCGCGGGAGCACUGGCGGAGGCGGAGAUGGACCACGACUUCUCGCGUGGGGGCGGGUUGCCCAGUUUCGAGUUCGCGUUUAAUUCAGAGAACUUCUCCGACCGGGUGCUGCGGCUGGAGGUCGUCGCCAGCGACGGCGUCGCCGGAGGAUCCCUCCCCGACUUGGUGUUCCACCGCGAGGAGCUCCGCCUCCACAAGGAGGAUGCAGGUCCGUACAGUGCCUCACUCCUCCCACGCCCUUGGAAUUAGACGGAUUCAUGUGUAUGAUUCUCUGCUGUCUACCGCGAUUCAGAUAUGGAUCCGUGUGAAAUUCGUGGCUUAUUUGCGAUUCUUCUGAACGAUUAGGGCGGUAUGAGCCUCACCUGUUGCUGUGUGAAUUUAAG